UGUACAUUUUUGAACACCUAUUAUUCAGUUAUAAAAGCACAGCUUUUCAUGCUUAUUUUCACCAAAUAACAUUAACAAUUUCACAUAUCAUAUUUAGAGUUUUCAAAACGACUCAUACAAAAAUGGGUUUGUUGAUCAGAGCCUUUUCCUUGAUUGCCAUGGUUGCAUGUCUUACCUCAGUUGCUCAUGCAAUUGCAGGCCAAGCAACUUUCUACAAUCCUCCUUACUUUCCGUCUGCAUGUUUUGUAACCGAAGUCCCUGGUAAUAUGCUUAUAGCAGCAAACAGUGGUUUAUUUGCCAGUGCAGCUGCUUGUGGGACUAGGUACCGGGUCACUUGUACCAGCGGAACCAACGAGGGUGGUCCGCAACCUUGCACAGGCAAUAGCGUUGUUGCUACCAUUGUUGAUCUUUGUCCCGGGUGUGCAGCAAAUGAAAUUGAUCUUUCUCGUGAUGCAUUUGCAGUGAUUGCUAAUCUUGAUGCUGGGAGAAUUAACGUUGAAUAUAAUCAGAUAUGAUUUAGCAAAAGACGUAUGCAGGAUGCCAAUAAUAAACUCUCUGUGUGAUUUUUCUUCCAAAUAAAUUGUGUGAUGGACUGGACAUUAUGUAAAUCGCAUAAUAAACUCUUUAGUUUGUAUCUUUAUAUCUUAAUAAAAAAGAAUUUGAAUUAUUAUUUCCUUUA